AGCCUCCCCAACGGUUUCGUCCCAACUGGCAGCCCCACGAAUCAGGCAUCCGCAAGGCACGCGAGCAACCGCGGCAUUUCAUUAGUUUAUCCAUCACUACAGAUGCAUAAAUGACCUUCUCCUCACCUCAGCUCGAGACCAUGGCUGGCCUGGGGUCUCUCUAGACACCGCCGUUUGAAGAAUACCCCCCUGAUUCACUUCGACUUUUCUCUCUCCGUCUAAUCCAGUAUUUCAGCUCACGGCUGUUAUACUGGAGCCCCUCAAGCUCAUCCAACUCUCUCCGACAUACACUACAUCAUCUACCGACUAGGCACCGAUAAUAACCCUACCCUCCAACUGCUCUCACUCCCCUCGUCGCCAACGCCGCCAACGCCGGCAUGUUGGACCCCUUCCCCCCUCCACCAGCAUGGCUCCGAGACCGCGUCGAGCCCUGGGCCCUUUAUCUCAACGUCCCCGCCCUCUCAGACCACAUCCAUGAAGUCAUCAUCGCUUUCGCCGGCUACCAGUUCAUCCACUCCUUCCUCUCGCCAUGGCUCUCCCCUAUCCUGUUCCCCCGCCACUAUCCACAGCUGAACAAACGCACCAAGCUCAAUUGGGACGUCCAUGUCGUCUCCCUCGUCCAGAGCGUGCUCAUCAACGCCCUCGCCCUGUACAUCAUGUUCUUCGACAAAGAACGCAAGAACAUGGAUACCGGAGAGCGUAUCUACGGAUACACGGGCAUGUGCGGACUCCUCGAGGCCCUGGCAGAGGGAUACUUCGUCUACGAUAUUAUAGUCAGCACGAUGCAUAUUAGAAUGUUUGGCGUAGGCAUGUUAUUCCAUGCUAUUAGUGCCUUGUGGGUGUUUAGUUUUGGGUUUAGACCCUUCGUAAACUUCUACUCUCCAACAUUCAUCCUCUACGAACUCUCCUCCCCAUUCCUCAACAUCCACUGGUUCCUGGAUAAACUAAACCUAACCGGCUCCAAACUCCAAUGGUACAACGGCAUGCUGCUCCUCUCCGUCUUCUUCUCCUGCCGCCUCGUCUGGGGAACCUGGCAAUCCAUCCACGUUUAUAAAGACAUGUGGUUCGCCCUAACCCAGACCUGGUCUCUAUCUCCCCUUGCGGGAGGAUCCUCCGUGGGCCUGGACAGCGCCAUUAACAGCGCCGUCUUCGGACACAGGGCCAAGCUUGCAGAACAGUGCGUCGAUGAGGUCUGUAAGAGGGCGAAUGGGGAGGUGUUCAAGUAUGCCGGGUUCACAGCGGGGGGUGUCCCGACGUGGCUUGUGGGGACUUAUGUUGCGGCGAAUGUGGUGUUGAAUUCGUUGAAUUAUUAUUGGUUUUCGAAGAUGGUGGAGACGGUGUUGAAGAGGUUCAGGGGGCCGAAGGAGGGUGGCGCGAAGAAGAAUGGGGACGGGGAGAAAAAGGAGGAGGCGGUUGAGGAGGUUGUUGAGAAGGUUGUGCUUGAGGCUGCUGCUUCGCUUGAGGAGGAAGAGGGGAGUCCGUUUCUUGGGGAGGGGGUUGCGAAUGAUGUUGAUGUUCGGGGUGAUGUGAGGAGAAGGAGGUAGUGCUGAGUUAGGGUUUGGGUGCGGGGAGAUGUUGUAGAGGGUAGAUAAAUGGGGGUUGCGCAUUAUGGAUCGGUACUUGGUAUAUGGUUAUUUGUAUUCAUCCGUUCGGGCUGGGGGCUUGAAGGUUGUUUAUUUACAUCGAACUUAUGUUGCUUUCUGAUCAGAUAUAAAGAGUUUCAUUAAAUUCAUCUUACUAUAUCCAAGUAUAUAGUAGAUUCAUUGAA